AAAGCCUUGACCAAGAGCAGCACUGGCAUAGAGCUUCCAAUCGACAGUUAGAGCGAACGUCGUGCGGUCGCAAAUAGCACAACAAACAAAAUGAAGCAUUCUUUGGUCUUAGCCUUGGCUGUGAUUUGCCUGAUCUGCAUUGCGCAGAAUCAAGCUAGUAUUUUGCCGUUGAGUUUGGUGCCACAUGGACCAAUUGUGGUUUCGGUGCCGUCGGUGCCCGUGGUGAAGAUUGUGCCUGUGGCUGCUGGUGGUGCUGGUGGCGCAGGAGGCGCUGGCGCCGCAGGUGGUGGCGGCGGUGGUGGUGGUGCGCCUGGUGCACAUGGUGCGGCUGGUGGUGGCGGCGGUGGUGGCGGUGCGCCUGGUGCACAUGGUGCGGCCGGUGGUGGUGGUGGCGGUGGAGGAGCUGCUGGGGGAGCUGCUGGUGGUGGCGGUGGUGGAGGCGGCGGUGCUGCUGGUAGUGCUGGCGGUGGCGGCGGCGGUGGUGGUGGAGCUGGACCCACUCAUGGUUGGCAUUAAAUACAGGAAGAAUUGUCUGUGAAUUGCUACGUACAUUGGAUAAGUCCUUGAUUUUAUUUGAUUUAGUGAAUUUUGCUUUUUUUUGGUUAAUCACAUUUCUGGCUUUGAGUUGAUUUCGGCAUUUGCAAGUGAAUUUAAUAAAUACUUCACAUGAAGAA